UGAUACCAAUUCCGAUGAUUCUGAUUCCGAUAAUAACGGUGAACCUCUUCAAGAACUCAAGCAAGAUUAUGCUUAUCAUAUAACUGGAAAAUUUGCGCUGGUGGAAGACGACAUUAUAGAUAUCAUAAUAACAACGAGCAAACGUUUAAAAUUAGACGCGGAUGCCAUUUCGGUCGGUCAACCAAUCGUACAUUUGCUUGGUAGAACUAUGCAGCUUCCUAGUAUUAACGAAACAGGAUAUACACUUCCAAUUCAAGUUAAACCCUAUCUGAGCAGUGCACAAGGCGGACCUUUUGACAUAACGUUAACCCACAAUCCCCAAGGAAGAUUUAGAAAUGCUUUAGAAAAAACAAAAAAAAUUCGCUCAUACAUACAACGGGACUUUUAUACUUUGUUAAUAGUCAGCCGUACUGCGACAAAUUCCAUACAAAAAAAGAUUGCCGCUUUAAAAGCGUCUUCAACAAAAGGUUCUCAAUCACAGACAUCUCCCGCCAAGACAAAAAAACCAGAAGUUUCCCCAAAAACAACAAAAAUCAAUGAAAUUGCUAAAACGCUGCUUGCAACAAAAAAUCUAUCUUGUACAGUUGAUAAUAUCGACGUUGUGAGUGAAGAGCCGGAAGAAUACAAAGAUAAAAAAGCGGCGGAAUGCACAAUCGAUAUCGAUUCUUGUGAUGACAACAAUCGUCGUGACAACGAUGAAAUCUAA